AAUUCUAAAAGCUUUCAUGGAGUUCAACCUGGGCUUCUUUCAGUCAACCACAUUUCCCCUCCCCCCCCAAGUUUUGAAGCACCCACACCACUGAUCAAGAGUAUCUUCUUGGGUAGUAGAUAUGAUUGGGAAUAUCUGGGCGUAGAGAAAAAGAAAUAGAGGAAAAGGGAUAAUGUUGAAUAAACAAAAAGCAAUGAAUUGAAAGAGAUGAUACGUAAUGUCUGAAUUGAAGUUGCAUGUUCCUCCAAGUUGGGUAUCAAAAUGAAUGAAGUAAAAGCGAUUCUGGAUAAGAAGAAGGCUCCACCCUUUUCCUUUCCAUCGCCAUUGGAAAACAACGUCCCAUCCAUCGUCGUCUUCUUCUUCUUCUUCUUCCUCUUCUUCCUCUUUUUCGUCCCCUCCAGCCUUUAAAGUGUUGCACAUGCCAACCACCCAUCACAUUGCCUACCUAUGCACUACGCUGCCUUCAAAACCUGAGAAAAAUCUGCUAAACUCAGCGCCCCCACAAAAUAUCAACGUUCAUUAAUAAAUGCUAUUAAUUCAUAGAUUGGGACAUUCAUCCCCUUUCCCCAAUCAUAUCCCUCCGCGUCUUACAACUACGGUCCCCCCAAUUGGACACCUCCGGCCCCGCCCUCCUCACUCAUUCCGAUAUCCACCCCUGCUAAAUCAAAUUAAUAAAUAAGGAAAGGGUGUUCCGUUCCGGUUGAACAAGAACAAGAACAAGGCAUACGACGACACAUGGGCAGACCUCCCCUCCACCGCACCGCACUCACUUUCAAACCUACUCCCACCAUCAAGUUCCUCUGCAGCUACGGCGGCAAGAUUCUCCCUCGUUAUCCCGACGGCGAACUCCGUUAUCACGGUGGCGAAACCCGCCUUCUUGCUUUCAACCGCUCCAUUUCCUUCUCUGGUAACCGUCUUUUCUCUCUCUCUCUCUCUCUCUUCCACUUUCCGAUUGAUUUGGUUAUGGUUUUUAACUUCGGAGUUUCUGAAUCUUACACGACAGAUCUUCUGUUGAAGUUCGGGGAGCUCUGCGGAACAUCAAUUUCUGUGAGCUUUCGUUGCCAAUUGCCUAAGGAAGAUCUGGAUGCUCUAGUCUCCAUCACCUCCGAUGAAGAUCUCGCCAAUCUCAUCGAGGAAUACGAUCGGGCGGCUUCCUCUUCCUCUUCCUCGUCGUUGAAGAUCAGAGCAUUCCUUUUCCCUCCUAAAUAUGCCAAGAGAAUCUCGCCUCCUUCUUCAAUGGCCUCCUUCUCCUCCUCCUCCUCCUUGUCCUCGAUGUCGGCGGCUCACCGUUGCUUUCGUCGGAUGUCGCCGCCACAUGCUUCCUACUUGGAGAGAUCUGCAUCUGCGGUUCCUUGCAGUGUAUAUAAUAUUCAGGGAAGCUCUAGCCGCAUGUUCGUCCACAAUGGUCGCAGCUGGGAAUAACCCUAACUCUUCCAGCAGGGAGGGAACCGGAUAGCCAAACAGAAACCAAAUCAAUUGAAUUAUAUAUGCAUAUAUAUAUUAUCCACUUAAAGGAAAUUAAAAUUCAGAGGCUGAUACAAUGUAAUUGUCUCUGCUGUGCUAAUUUGGUUGCAUUGCGAUUAAUGAAUUUUCAGUCCAAUUUCGUUACGGAUCCCCAACUUAAUACUGUGGUGAGUUGAGUUGAGUUGAGUUUGUUCUUCUUCCAUCCUUGCCUUGUGAUAAAUUUGGCUUACCCAAUUCCCCCGCGGUCGUUUGCCCCCUCCUACUUUUUCUUGCAUGCUAUCUAUCUGUUUUAUUUUUGCCCCCGCCUACUUUUUCUUGCAUGCUAUCUAUCUGUUUUAUUUUUGCCCCCGCCUACUUUUUCUUGCAUGCUAUCUAUCUGUUUUAUGUAACUGAGGAACAAACAAGUGUAUUCCCUUGCAUGCUCUUGUUUGUGUGAUCAAACAUGUGGAAGUUUAUUCUCUGUUUUGAAAUCAUUUUGUGUGAUUCUUUUGUCCAGGAGCUUUGGCAGGAGUGAGAUUCUGUCUCACUGUUGGGCUCGGAGAUUAAAGCUGCGGGCACAAAUGAGUAAGUUUCCGCCACUCCAAAUUCUUUCUUAAUUGAAUUCGCCCUCUCAUCAUUGAAACUGUAAUUUAAUUAGUUUCCUUAGUGAAUUGCUGCGGCUGGAGAAUCUCCUUAAAACGGCGGAGGAGGGAUGCAGGUGAAUUUAAUAAGGAAUCUCCAUAAACAAAGAAGGCAAAUAUUCAGGAAACAAUAACGGAUGAGAUUUGAAAGAGAUGGAAGAGGUUGGGUUUGGUUCCACAAAAAUGGAGAUUCCUGUUGGAAAGAGACAUCCAAAAGUAAUUAAAACAAUAAAGGGAAAGUAUAAAGCAGAAUCUAUUUGGAUUAUAAA